UCUCUCAGCUUGACGGCUUGUCCUCUCGGGCGCUGCUGUCCCGUUAUAAAGUGUCUGCUGCGAUCUUGUGCCAUCGUCCAGGGAUGAGACGGAGAAGGAAACAAAGCUAAGCUCUUACCCUGCAAAUUACACAACAUUCAGCACAGGGACCUGGGAGCUGACUUCAACCGAAAUGUGGCGGAUUUUCAUCCUUUUCCUGGCAGGUGUCAUCCCUCCUCCAUACUCAGGCCUCCAUGUGAUGGUGAGAGAUGAGAAGAGGUACGCCACUCUGUUCCAGUCAGUGGUUCUGCCUUGCCAGUACACCAGUGUUUCCACUCAGUCCGCUAUGGUGAAGUGGAUCUACAAGUCGUAUUGCCGGGACCGCACCAGAGACUCGUUCAGCUUCCCCGACAGCUUGAGCGGAGGCCUGGGCGGCGGCGGGCUGCAGAGUGGAAGCGGAGGGGUCGGCGGAGGCUACGAGGCGGGCUCCACUGCGAGCCACCUCGACUGCUCCGACAGCAGGAGGACCGUCAGGACCGUGGCCUCCAUAUCCGGCUCCUCGGUCACCCUCUCAGAGUACUACAAGAACAGAGACGUUACCAUCAUCAACACAGCAGAUCUGCGUAUAGGAGAGGUCCAGUGGGGAGACAGCGGCGUGUACUUCUGCCAAGUGACUAUAGCUGAUGACAUCGAAGGACAGAAUGAAGCUUCGGUGGAGCUGCUGGUCCUUGGUUUCUCAGGUGUGCCUGAAGAUCUCCUGCCUGACAUUGAUUUGAAGAUUAUGCCAGAGUGGGCGUUUGUGGUGGCCGUGGUGCUCGGCAGCAUUUUGUUCCUGCUGCUGGUUGGAGUUUGCUGGUGUCAGUGUUGUCCCCACUCCUGCUGCUGCUAUGUCAGCUGCUGGUGCUGCCCCGACACGUGCUGCUGCCCCCGACACCUGUAUGAAGCGGGUAAAGGCAUAAAGACUGGCGCCUCCACCCCUCAGACACCAGCCUACCCUCCAUACUUUGUGUCUGGACUGCCAGCCAUGAUCCCCAUCGCCCCGCCCUCCCUGGUGGACAAGGUGUCUACUGUCCCCCCCUCAGAUGGGACUCUAGUGGCAGCAGUAUCUCCGAUGCCCAUGCAAGCUGUAGGGAUUCCCUACCGCGUACCUUCACCGCAGGAUCAAAACUCUCUCAGGGUGCUGCAGUAUGUAGAGAAACAGCUGGCUCACUUCAACCCUUCUGGGUCCAACAGCAAACAGUCCUGUAAUCAAUCGGAGUUGAGCUCCCUCCACGAAGGAGACACCAACUUCCACCAAACUUUCAGGAAUGUCCAGAAGAAAGCUCUGCCCGCCAUCCCUGAUCAAGGCUCCUGCCCGGAGCCACACGGCUACCGUGAGAACCGCAGCCCAGACCUGCAGCGCCACCGUAAGAUCCCCUCAUCGCCUCACCGCUACCGUCUCGACCCUGACUCAGACCACCUCGACAGCCAGGAUGAGCCUCUGCUUCCACGGCGAUACAGCGACGACCCGCCGUCUUCCUCUCAGUCGCACAGGAUCACUCGAAGUCAGAGGCAACAGAACUCCAGUGAUGAAGACAAACACGACAGGUGGAACCCUCGUUCAGAACAUCUGCAGAGGAAGACAUAUCACACUUCGGGACGGACCGUCUCUCUGGAUGAACUGGAGGAGUUUGCUACUACCUACAAGAAGAGAGGAGGCAGAGGAGCAGAACGGAGAGAAGAAGAAAUGGUGGAAUAUGAGAUGGAAGUGCUGCAGUAUGGUGGAUAUCCCUCCCAUCGCAAGGGUCCUCCUCAGCAUUAUUACAGCAAUGGGGAUGAGCUUGACGACAACAGUGAGCAGGAAGGACAUCCCAGAGCAAGCCACAAAAGCAAACACAACAUAAGCCCUCUCUCUUCUCCCAAAAAGAGGGGCAACGCACGGGAUAGGGAGAGGGUCGAGCCGCCUCCCCCCAAAAAGGAUCCGCCAUCGAAUUCCUCUCAGGAAAGGGACUACGAUGCCACUUUCCUGAACAGCCUGUUAGAACGUAAAGCGAAGCUACGAGAAGUUUCCCAGGGGAGAAACGGGACCCAGGCUGAGGAAGAUUUAGAUUGGCCAUCAAUGAGGAGCGGCAAGAAAACCAGCAGAGAGUCCAGUCGCCUCUGCAGCCGCUCUCCCAGCAACAGGCCAGAGGCGGACUCGCUGUCUCCAUCCGACUCAGAGAGAACCAGAACUGAAAGACCGUCUCCACGGCCGCUCCACGCAAACGCCCGCUCCCCUCCGCCUCCUCAUUCUCUGCCCGCUCACAGAGAGGAGCACAGGGACAAGUCCCGGAAAGUGAGCACGCUCCUCAGCCGAGACUCUCUUAUCGUCUGACCGACUGGAAGCCAAAGACAGUGGAAGAACGGAGCCGAGUGAGAGUGAAACCCCACGAGGAGCAAGUCGUCAGCUGAGAAACGAUGACGGAUCCGAGUCUUUGAGUCUGAGGUUUCCAAUCUAUAUGCAGGGAGAACUGUAAGAACAGCUGAAUCAGUAAAGAUACAGGGUGACAGUAACUCUGUGAUACCACUGAGUGAUGAAGUCACUGGCUGUGUCAUGCAUAUCUCCGCUGCACUAGCACUAAUGUCAGCGGGACGUGUGGCCUGGGAUGCUCUUCUCAGUGGGAGGCAGUCCGUCUCCUCUUCGUCACUUUGGGAAAGCGCUGCAGCAGACACUUGCUAACUCUUCAGGCACAAUGAGUGCAUUCAUUUCUAUCUAAUGAGACAUGGGAGUAGAAGAGCCCUGCAGUGGAAUAAAUGAAACUGACAACACGCUCAUUGUAAACAACACCCUCCACCCCUUCACACCCAACCACUGCAUCAGAAAACAAUGUGCAUGAUGUCACUUAUUAACGUUUAACAACUAAAGCACUUAGGUUUGAAAGAGAUACUUUUUUUUUUUUUUUUUUUUUUUUUACAUAAAGCUGAAAGUUGUGACAAACAUCAGCACCGUUAUCAAUGUUUUAUUAAUAAUGAAGACUGAAAUGAAAUUCAUUUACAGCACUGGGCAAAUCUCUCAUUCCUUUGUAUUUGCUUUUCAAGGAGCCAAACGUCAUCGAAAAAGUAUUACAGCAUCUUCCUGUUGCUCCGUCGAGUAAAGUCGAGGUUUUCAGCUACUACUUAUUAUUUAUUAUAACAAUGAAAUGUGUACCAUGUCUUUAAAGGUAUAUUUUUUCAUCUAAACCUCAGAAAAAUUGCAUAAUUCAUCUUCACAAAAUCCAAGAUUCAUAAUUUUUUUUUUAUAAAACAGUGCCUGUAUUCAAAAAUGGCAGUACCCUGAACAUAGUCAAGUAACAAUCAUGAGUUAUAAGCAGCUAAUAUAAAAGCUGAAAACUCUUUGUGAAACAAAUGAGUUGUUUCCCUGGGAAGCACAAUAUGAAGAAAGAACAGGUUUGCAUCGUGCUGUGCCUUAUCUACUAACCCACAUCUAAUGCUUCACUUUACAUUGACGUGAAAAUAGAAGAAGUGACUGGAUAUGUUGUUCUGACACAGCUGCCAUAAUAUUGCACAAAACCAUCAAUCAUUUCAAGUUAAAAUGUUGACUGCGCUCUAAGGAUUUCUGUGCUUUACAGUGCUCUCAGUUUUUUUAUAUAUAUAUAAUAGGAAUCUCUAAAGGUAUUUAAACCAACUUGGCCCUCUUUGAAAAAUGUGUUCAGCCAAUUUGGAAAGGUUUUGAUUCUGAAUGACCCGUUAAAGUCACGGUACAAAUCACUACACUUAUACAAUGUUCAGUAGUCACACCUUCCACAAGUCAGAAGAUGCUUCUGCCUUGAAAAUCUCCCAUGGAAGCUGAAACCACUGAGGUUUUCAGUGAUUUAGGUGUUCUGGAUUCUUUCAUGACCUCCUGAACGAGUCAGUGAUUCGUUCUUGGAGGAAUAUUUGGUUUGCCACGUCAGGGAAGAAUCACCACGGCACUGUGUUUUCUCAAUUUGUGGGUAACGGCCCUCACUUUGGUUAAUUGGCUUCCAAACACAACAAACUUAGUUUGUAACCUUUUCCAGACAAACUGUGGUCAAGACUUUUGUUUUUCAUCUAAUCCUAAUUGUUCUUUUCGACUGAGUGAUGACAUGCACAUGUUAGCUUUUCCUGUGUUUUGUGAUUUUGUAGGUCCCGCACUUUUAAGCUCUCGGUGUGACAAUUGAAAUGUAGCUUUUCAAAAAAUGUGGUUAAUCACAGUUCACAAGGUGAGGGAGGACACAAUUAGUCCACUCAAAGGGCCAAGUUAAUUUGGAUAGCUUUUUAUUUUCUCCUUCAAAACACAAUUCUAAUUUUGAAAAGAGCAUGUCGUUUUUUGCUCAGGGUGUGUUUAUUUUUUGGUGACUUGGAAAUUCAAGUGUGGAAAAAGUAAAACAGGAGAACUCUAUAAGGAGAGAAAUGCUUUCUUCUCAGAACCGUAUAUUAUGGCGGUUGUUUUUAUUCAUAUGACUCAGACAGAGGGAUUAGCAAAGUAUUUCACGAAUGAAGGCAUGGCUUAACGAAGCUGACUGACCUCUGACCCAAAGAGCAACAGUUGUUGCUGGAGUUACAGAGAUUAAAGUUAAAAUUUUGUAACAUUGUUUUGCUUCCAUUCUUGUUCAGCGGUGCUAAAGCAACCAGGGAACAAAGAUGUAAUGAAUUUUCUAUUUCUCACAAUGACUGCUUAUUUUCACUGCCUGUUCCAUUUCUGUUUUUGUAAUGAAGUAUGAAGAUUUUGCUACUUCUAAAUCCGUUUUUUUAUUUAUGAAUGUUCUGGUCGUUUGAUUUUAAAAGGUAAUGUUUGUAUGUUUCAUAUCACUUGAUGCUAAUUAAUCAACACAGAUUUGUUACUUUUUGUUUUCGCCUUUUACUUUUGUUUUUAACACUGCAACACUUUUCUUCGUCCUUAUCAGAGCCAUCGUCAAACAAGUAGAAUAACUUCAUAUUUUCAGUUUUGUCGUGACUUCCGUGUGUCUGUGUGUGCUUUUUGCAUUAGAGAGAGAGAGAUGACUCUUUACUUUUCUGAAAAAAGAAACAGUAUGUAAUUGAGUGUGACUCAUGUCCUUUGUCCAUUGUUGUUAUCAUGGAGCGUCUGUUGUGACUAUGCAGCUGUGUGAAAAGUCAUACACCAUUCAGCCAGUUCAAGUGCAAAUAUCUGCCUGGAAUUUUCAUUACUAAUUCAUCAAUGUAUUUUCUUUCAGAUAUGUCGUGACAUGUAUGUUGUCACAUAUAUGUCAUGGCAUACAUUACGUACAUAUGACAUAUAUGUCAUGAUUUUUUUUUUUAAAUAAACAAAAAUAUAAAUCUC